AUGCUAAGCAAGUUCUCCUCUGCUGUUGAAUUGUCAAGUGAAAUAAGGACUAUAGCAGUUGAAGAGGAGGAACUCAAGGCCCUCUUUGGUGUUGCCUUGCCUCAUUGUGGUGUCAUUGGUUUCAAGGAGUUUAUCAAAGUGAAGGUUGCAUCAAGGCGUGUCUCUUAUCGGAUGCUCUUCUAUUCACUCUUGUUCUUCACUUUUCUUCUUCGGUUUGUGUUUGUCUUAACACAAGUGGAUGGCAUUGAUGGAGAAAACAAAUGCUCUACCAUAGGUUGCCUAGGAAAAAAACUAGGACCAAGGAUUUUGGGCAGACGGCGUGAAUCAACUGUCCCAGAAGUGAUAUACCAAACAUUAGAUGAACCUCUUGGCAAACAUGAACUUCAGGGUAGGUUUGACAUUCCUCAGACCUUAGAAGAGUUCAUGACUGAAAUGAAGAAAGGUGGAUAUGAUGCCAAGACAUUUGCAGUUAAACUUCGAGAAAUGGUGACCCUAAUGGAAGAAAGAACUAGGUUAGCCAAAAUCCAAGAAUAUCUGUAUCGACAUGUAGCAUCAAGUAGUAUACCAAAAGAACUUCACUGCCUUUCCUUGAGUUUGGCCAAUGAACACACCAACAAUGCUGCAGCACGCCUUCAGCUCCCCGCUGCAGAACUAGUCCCUGCCCUGGUUGACAACUCCUACUUCCAUUUUGUUCUUGCCUCAGACAAUGUGCUGGCUGCAUCCGUUGUUGCAACAUCGCUUGUUCGCAACUUUUUGAGACCUCAGAAGGUUGUGUUACACAUAAUUACAGACAGGAAGACUUAUUACCCCAUGCAGGCUUGGUUCUCAUUGCAUUCUUUGUCACCUGCUAUAAUUGAGGUGAAGGCGUUGCACCAUUUUGAUUGGUUUACAAAGGGAAAGGUGCCUGUUCUGGAAGCUAUGGAGAAGGAUCAAAAGGUGAGGUCACAGUUUAGAGGGGGUUCAUCAGCUAUAGUUGCAAAUGCUACUGAGAAGCCAAAAGUUAUUGCAGCAAAACUGCAAGCACUUAGUCCCAAGUAUAAUUCAGUGAUGAACCACAUCCGGAUACAUCUCCCAGAGUUAUUUCCAAGUCUUAACAAGGUGGUCUUCCUCGAUGAUGACAUUGUGGUACAAACUGAUCUUUCACCUCUGUGGGACAUCGAAAUGAAUGGAAAAGUAAAUGGAGCUGUAGAAACAUGCACAGGAGAAGAUAAAUUUGUGAUGUCAAAGAAGUUGAAAAGCUAUUUGAACUUCUCCCACCCUCUAAUAUCCAAAAACUUUAAUCCCAAUGAAUGUGCCUGGGCCUAUGGCAUGAACAUUUUCGAUUUGGAGGCUUGGCGGAAGACUAAUAUAAGCAACAUUUACCAUUAUUGGGUUGAGCAGAAUAUCAAAUCAGACCUGAGUUUGUGGCAGCUAGGGACAUUACCUCCAGGAUUGAUAGCAUUUCAUGGUCAUGUUCACGUUAUUGAUCCUUUCUGGCAUAUGCUGGGAUUGGGAUAUCAGGAAAAUACAAGUUUUGCUGAUGCUGAGAGUGCUGGUGUUGUCCAUUACAAUGGCAGGGCAAAGCCAUGGCUAGAAAUAGCUUUUCCGCAACUAAGGAAAUUGUGGACAAAGUAUGUUGACUUCUCAGAUAAGUUCAUCAAGAGUUGUCACAUUAGGGCAUCAUAG